CUCAAGCUCAGCUGACUAGCUCUGUGGACCGAAAGAAGUGUGAGGGAGAGGAUUGAGAUUGGAAGGGUUCAAGGGGAAGCAAUUUGAAAAUGGCGGCCCAAGCGAAUGGUGUGCCUCCUACGAAAGAAGUUGAAUUCAAGGAGUUUUACACUGAGGUAAAAGAAAUAGAAAAGAGAGACUCUGUACUGACACCCAAACAGCAGAUUGACCGCUUAUUGCGCCCUGGCUCCACAUAUUUUAAUCUCAAUCCCUUUGAAGUGCUACAAGUAGAACCAGAAACCUCACUUGAUGAUGCAAAGAAGAAAUACAAAAGGUUGUCAAUCUUGGUUCACCCAGACAAGAAUCAGGAUGAUCCUGAAAGAGCACAGCAAGCUUUUGAAAUUAUUAAUAAAGCUUGGAAGACUUUGGAGAAUCCUGAAACAAAAGCAAAAUGUAUGGACGUAAUUGAAGAGGCCCGUGCAAAAACUGACUUCAUGAUUGCAGAGAAGAGAAAGCGACAGAAGAGAGAAGGUCGGGACUCACAAGUGGAGGAAGAUGACCCGUUGGCUUAUCGCCAUGCUGUUUACGUCAUGACAAUGAAACUGUUUGCAGACAUGGAGCGUAGGCGGCGAGAACUCGAGAUAAGGGACACUGAGGAACGUAAGCGAAAACGUGAACAGGAAAUUGCAGAAGAGGAAAAAGCUGCGCUCGAAAAGGAAUGGCAGAAAAAUUUUGAGGAGUCUCAGCAGAACAGAGUUAACAGCUGGAAGGCAUUUCAGGCAGGAUCUAAAGCCGGUCCUUCGGGACCCAAGUCCAAGAAACUGAAGGCAUUCAAACCUCCCAAACACAAGGCAGAAUCAAGAUAACCAGUUUCAAACGGUUGAUCUAAGGCAGUCGAAUGUACAGAACCAACAUCGUACUUUGUAAAUAACAAACCAACAUGGUUGGUCUAUGAACGGAACUAUAUAAUAGUUGAUCGAUACUUGUGUAAUAAUUUCAUAGUUGAUACUUGUUCGUGUAAAAUUGUCCUUUGACUAGCAGAUUGUGGUUAAAACCAGGGACAUUUAUUUGUUCAUGGUAACUGUUUUAAGCAUCAGAUAUGUAUAGCUCUUAAGUAAGCCCCGAUUGACAAAAUGAGAAGAAACUCAUGGCCUUAACUAUAAUUUUUUGUAAUACGUUAAAAAUAAAACAAUGGAAAUUGUUAUAAUAUUUCAAACUAACCCAGUUCUCUCAACAAGUCUAAAUAUUUUUAUAUUCAGCCAAUGUAAGUACAAAUUCGGUUCUUUAUUGUAACGUAUUAUUAUUUAUCUAUUAAAGAUAAUUAAUUGUGUUCAAAGAUUUUUUAGCUGUGGAGUUAUUGUAAAAUAUUAAGUUACUGUCUAAUUUUUGUAGUAAAAGCAUUAAAAAUC